AUGGCGGUUUUUAAGUUGAUCUCACAACUAUAUAUCGACUCGGGAGUAUUUUUUUUUGGGCCCUUUGAUACCAAACCUUUGGGGUCUCCGUCGAGCCGAAAACUCGCGCAUCAAGUCGCGAUAGAUUGUUUAGAGUCGGUGGUAUCCGAAUUUGUCAAAACGCGUUCCGACGGGGAGGGUGCGCUAGUGGACCGCGGCUAUACGACGGCAUCCCCGUGGCCGGCGGCCUUUGCCCCCGUAGACCUCGAUCCUGUGGUCUGGGGCCGAAAGCUCUACCCGCCGCCAGGCGUCGGGGCAGGGCCUGGUCGCGCCAUGGGGCCAGGGGGACUCAUGUUCGGAUUGCACCAUCACCAAGAUGCGGCCGCCGCGGGACUUCAUCACCAUCACCAUCAUCAUCAACCACGAGGACCCGUAACUAGCCUUAAAGAAGAACCUUUAUCGAGUUCUCAAUUGGCGGCAGCUCGAUCAUGGAUGCAACCGAGCGUCGUGGAUCAAACAAGUAUUGGUAUUGGGAGAGCACAUUUUGAAAAACAACCACCGAGCAAUUUGAGAAAAUCCAAUUUUUUCCAUUUUGUUAUUGCCUUGUACGAUAGAGCCGGUCAACCAAUAGAAAUUGAAAGAACUGCCUUUAUAGGAUUUAUUGAAAAAGAUCAGGAAACGGAAGGUCAAAAAACAAAUAAUGGAAUUCAAUACAGGCUUCAACUUUUAUACGCAAAUGGUGCGAGGCAGGAACAAGAUAUUUACGUUAGGCUAAUCGAUUCUGUCACAAAACAGGCUAUUAUGUACGAAGGACAAGACAAAAAUCCUGAAAUGUGCAGAGUCCUGUUGACGCAUGAAGUUAUGUGCAGUCGAUGUUGUGAUAAAAAAAGCUGUGGAAACAGAAACGAAACCCCAUCAGAUCCAGUUAUAAUUGAUAGGUUCUUUUUAAAAUUUUUCCUGAAGUGCAAUCAAAAUUGUUUAAAAAAUGCGGGUAAUCCGAGAGAUAUGAGAAGAUUUCAGGUAGUAAUAGCGACUCAAGUGAACGUCGAAGGUCCACUUUUAGCCGUUUCGGACAAUAUGUUUGUACAUAACAAUUCGAAACAUGGAAGAAGGGCAAAAAGACUAGACCCUUCAGACGGUCUUUAUCCUCCUUUACCCGUAGCCACGCCAUGUAUUAAAGCAAUUAGUCCUAGCGAAGGAUGGACGGCGGGUGGUUCGACCGUUAUUAUCGUAGGUGACAACUUUUUCGAUGGCCUUCAGGUUGUUUUUGGGACCAUGUUAGUUUGGAGCGAGUUGAUAACGUCUCACGCCAUAAGAGUUCAAACUCCUCCAAGACACAUUCCAGGCGUUGUUGAAGUCACGUUAUCUUAUAAAUCAAAACAAUUUUGCAAAGGUGCUCCCGGACGUUUUGUUUAUGUUUCUUUAAGCGAACCAACAAUAGAUUACGGUUUUCAAAGACUCCAAAAAUUAAUUCCAAGGCAUCCAGGUGAUCCAGAAAAAUUACCAAAGGAAAUAAUAUUAAAAAGGGCAGCUGAUUUAGCGGAAGCUUUGUACAGCAUGCCAAGAACGAAUCAGUUAAUGUCAGGUCCAAGAUCUCCCUCAAUGUCAAAUAAUGGAAUGCCUGGUGGAUUUAAUAGUUAUACUGGACAAUUGGCAGUGAGCGUCCAGGAAAAUGGAAAUGGUCAGUGGACAGAAGAAGAGUAUGGUAGGGCGCAAAGCAGUAGUGUUUCACCACGAGGGGGUUACGGAUCGAGCGCUUCGACUCCACAUUCAAGCAACGGUGGUUCCUACGGCACUGCACCUUCAACAUCCGGUGUAGCCAUAAAUGGAAACUACGGUGGAUCGACACCGACGAAUAAUGGUGCUAAUAUGGGAUCUCCAGCAGGUAUCGGAAGUUUGGUACCAUCACCAUUUGCAGCCAUAAAUCCUUUUGCUCUCCCAACAUGCAGUUCUCAAGCAUAUAGUUCAAGUCCAUUGAUAGCAGCAAGUAAAUAA